AUGGAUGUGUACGUGCCGGUGUGUGAGAGGGUGGACAAUCCUGUUGAUUUGUAUGAUGAUGAGAUUCGUGAACGGUUUCAGUCUUAUUCGACUGGUGAGGCGAAACGCUAUGUCUUUUCGCGGAAGUAUCCACGGGACCGCGAUGAGGUUCCUGAUGCCAAAGUGAAUUCCUUGAUGCGGUAUCGGCCUCGGAUUAUCCAAUAUGAGAAGUGUUAUUUUUAUGGGGGUUCCAUAUGUCAGUCCGUUACGCGAACGUUCCGACUACCUCAUUCUUUUUCUUCCACUUCAUGGGGAAAUAGAGGUGGAAGUGCGAUGAGACGGUAUAAAGAUAAUCCUGAUGCCUACUGUACUUUUUUUCGUUUUCGAAAAGGGUAUGAAUCCGAGAUAGUGGGGCCGUCUCGGCAGUCGUUUUUUCUUGCUUAUUCGGAAUUUAUUGACAAGUCUACCGCGUCCGAGGUAUUGCCACCCCAGAUCUCGAUAACCUAUAGCUGGGAAGCUCGUACUUAUAUGAAAUUUAACUCUAAUCAUUAUUAUUGUUUGAAUACGUCUGUAGCGUUGGGCGCUUAUGAUCCGUAUCGAGGGUAUAUCAAUACUUAUUUCAAGGGGUUGCUGGGGAUUCGGAUCAGUCAACGUUGUGAGAAUGCCGAUGCUUAUCGAAAAUCCGUUGCUAUUCUAGAAAAAUAUCAUAUCGAAAAAAAGAGGUUGACCCAAGAGGAGGUUGAUUAUUUGAAGAAUUAUAUUGCAGAUGAAACGGAUGCUUGUUAUGGUUCUGUGGAUGGGAAUGAAUAUGAAGUUGAUCCGUCCGAAGAUGUUUUGAUGUUGGAGGGUACCGAUAAAGAUGUCAACGAAGAGCCAUCUGAAUCUAAUAAUGGUGAUAACGUUUUUAAAGGGUUAAGGGGCCGUUAUCGGGAUUUAAAAGUUUCAUUGGAGGUUUUGAAACAGACGUAUAAUGACAAGGUUCAUGUUAUGAAUAUUGAAUAUGAUAGGAUCAAAAAUGUAAAAAUUUCAGAGAUGGGUGAAAUUAUUAGUGCUCUUGAUGAUCGUGAAAGGGAAACCAAACAGAUGAUAGCCCAAUGGCGUGAGGAGUUUGCCAAACGGCGUUUGGAAUUGAUUGGUGAAGUUCGGAAGCAAAUCCAGGAUGAUGUCGCUGCUGGCAAAUUGCAAGUGUACGCAUCCGAUGUUAUGGAUGAUGACAACGUUAAGGGGUGGAAACCGAUGUUGGUGGUGGAUCGGAUUCGAUCCUUUGGUCCAUCUGUUACGUUGAUUCCGUGGAAAUAUCGUCCGGAAUUGACGCCCACGAUUCUUGAAAUUGUUUAUGAACCUGGUUUGACCAAUCAUACCAGUGAAUUGUAUCUUUAUCAGCCAUUUGCAUCUAGUAAGGGUGUUAUUUAUAAUUUAUUAGCGCCGACGACUGAGGAUAUACAGAGUGACGUAUCGACACCUUUUGUUAUAUCAGAUAAGAAGAUACCCAUGUAUGCCCUUAUUGGAGUGGCUGUUUAUAACCAACGGGCAGAUAAGGAAGGGUCCUAUUAUAUUUAUGAUCCAGAUGCUUAUCAUACCAAUCUUCCAAGAUUGUAUUUAUAUGAUCCUCCUAGAACCAAUGCAGUAGAUAAAACGUUUUUGCGUGGGGUUCUACCUUAUUUGCAGUAUUCUGGGUACCCUACCUUAUGUUUCUUAGAGCCUAAGAAGGCGCCUAGCGUGUUGCCCGAUAGGGACGUUUUACGUCUACAUAAUAAUUCGGUUUAUCUUAAUACGCCGAGUGUGGUGACUGAGUCGAAGUUGGAUGAUAAUUAUUAUGACCGAACAGCGAAAGCUACGGAAUAUAAGCUUCUGGCGAUCCCUCGAUUGUCGACCAAUCUGGAAUUAGAAGAUAAUGCAGGAAAAGUUAUUAUGCCGUUUAUUGUUUCUCAUGCAACUCCUAUAAAGACCAGUGAUAUUUCGCCUGGUUUUAUAGGGAAUUAUGUGUUUGUUAGUGUAUUAAACGAACGGUUUAAGGAGUUAGAGUCUGAAUUUGAGAAGAAGUGUAAGGAUAGGGAGAAGACGGAUGAAGAGAAGAUUGAAGAGCUACGAAAGAAGCAAAUUCAGGAUGAAAUUGAUUUAUAUAGAAGAAUAGAGCAAAUCAAACAGGAUAAUGCUAAGGAAUUAUUAGAAAAGCAAGCAGAUCUUGCGAAACAACAACAAGAGGCUUCGGCUGCUAGGAACAACGCAUUGCAGAUCAAGUUGUCUGAUGAUCGCAUGCGGCAUGAAGAACGAUUGGCGGCUGCUGGACAUAGUGAUGCUUGGAUUGGACAUGCUGUUAGCGGUGGUAGCGCUUUGUUUGGCGCGGGAGCGGAGGUGGCCGGUAUGUAUCUAAUGGGGAAAAUGAUGAAUCCGACUUCUAAAUUAUCGGAUGAGCUUAAGCUUCUUAAAGCUAGCGAACAACAAUUAAUGAUAGGGGAUAAGCAUGGUCGUCCUUCGGAUGGAUCAGGCGAUCAUUUGAGUCUCAGAAAGGAAAAUCCAAAGACUUUUCCGUCUCAAUCGCUUCUUUAUCCCCGUUAUGGGAAAGUUGAGAGUAUUAACGUUGGAAGUAAUGUAAUUGGAUCAAAGUCAUCUGCUAGAAAUGUUCGUGCUUCUGGUGUCCCGCCACAUUUAACUGGUAUAGAAGUGGUAUCGCCUCGAUAUUCUUUACCACCUUCUGGGCAAAAUAUUAUUGAUCGGGGUCGUCAAAUGGUUACGGGUCAUCAUCCCGACCCAAAUGUGGUGAUUAUGGAACCCACACCUCGUAGUACUGCACAUACUGGAACCCAUAGUGUUGGCAGUGGCAAUUUGGCGCAUAUAACGGGUCCGAUAACGGUUCGUCCACCUGCGCAUGUUACCGAAUAUCUAUCCACUGUUCAUCCACCUGGAUCAUCUGUUUCUGAUUUAUUGCCCCAUGGUGGGCUAUCCGAUCUUUGGUCAUCUGGUAAUCGGUCUCAUGUUGAUCCGUUUGCAAGAACGCCUUUGAAUGCUCCGCCUCCAUUGCCUGCUUCACCCUUUUCACAUGGUGGCUCUGUUUUUUCAGGGGGUGGGCAUCAUCACUUUGACCCAGUAGGAUCCAAGUAUUUUAAUACUCGUUAUUCAAUUCCUAUAUCCACCCCUCGUCCAGGUUCUUUGCGUCCAAUGCCAGGAAAAAACUUCCAUCCCUUCCGGUAA